AUGCAACUCGUGCAGUACCGUGAACAUGAACCUGGACAUUGGGUGUGCACUUCGUACUGGAUUACUGUACAAUGUAGCAAAAAGUUUAGUCGGAUGCUGCUGCCACGAAUUGCCGGCGGCAAGCUGGGUUGGAGCGGCAACCUCCGCCACAAGCAAAGUGCCCAUGUCCACAAUGCUUAUUACAACGGACCCUUGAAUUGCCAACUGCAUAACAGUACACCUGUAAAGUACUUUUGCAUCCAGAACUAA